GGGUAUGCCUCUCACUGCCUCUCACUGCCUCUCACUGCUUCUUUACCAACAUUCCACAAAAUCAUCUUGAGUGAAGCAUUCAUUAAUCUUCCCGGCUACCGCACUCUUUUUGACUUCUUAAGCAUCAUCUACGCGCUCUAUACUAUCCGUGGCCCGGAAGCCGAACAAUCACAAUCUCCUUCGUCCAUCAACCAUAUCGUACCCGCCACAUUUCCAGGCAAUUCUCCGAUAGAGGUCUCUCUAGACAAAGCAACUUGAGAACAAUCAGGUUUACCAGACCAAGAAUACACGUCCAAAGGCAACGUAGAACCACAACCACAACCACAACCACUAUGUCCGGCCCAGGCUCCGGCUUCGGCUCAGGCUCAGAACGCAACCCUUCGCGCUUCGUCUGGCAAACAGGCGACUUCCUCAAACUCAGCAUCCCCGACCGCGUCCUCGCCCUGCAAGCGCAGAUCACAAAGGACCCCGAAUUCUUCGGCUUCGACACGCACGCCCUGCAGGACACCAACAUCACGCUCCUCACCGCCGAGCCCAACAGGACGGUCUGGGAAAUGGACGUGCCCAGCCAUCUAUGCAACAAGUCCAGCAACCUCCACGGCGGCGCCGCAGCAACGCUCCUCGACAAUCUCACCUCCACCGCGCUGAUGACGAUAGCCAAGCCGGGCUUCCUGGACGGCGGCCACGUCUCGCGCACCAUCACCAUGUCCUAUCUGCGUCCCGUCCCCAAGGGCUCGCACGUCACGGUGGACUGUGAGGUGCAGGCCGCGGGGAGGAACACGGCGAAUAUCGUCGGCAAAGUGUAUUUGAAUGGGAAGUUGUGUGUCACCUGUGUGCACGACAAGGCUGUGUUUUCGAGCCGAGUGAAGGAGGCCACCGCGAAGCUAUAACGUAACGCUUCAAGUGGGAGUGGAGUGGAGUGGAGUUCUAGAAGCGGGAGUGGUACCAUUGGUACUGAAUGCUAUAGAGCUCCGGUAGGUGCCGGGGGUCUUUGGUGCCCAUCGACUCAGAUACGGCUAGGCAGGUCGCCGUCGAUCCAGGAUGCCAUAGAGCCAGCGAGGUCGUCGUCGCCACUAUCUGCGAUGGAGUCGACGGGAUAUAGAGUAUAGAGCCAGCUAGAACGCAUUGAUGCGCCUUCGGGAGGUUGCCAUCUCGAUCGACAGGACGAACUGCUUAUUGUCCCAAUGGUCUAUACCCUGUCCAAUAGGUCGAAACGCGCAUGAUGAGGGGGUCCAGGGACAUCCAGGGCCAACAAAUCGCACA